AUGGCGUGCGUCCCCGGCAUACGGUGUCUGCCCAGGGUAGCGUAUGUGGACCCGUACCAGUGUCGUAGAUGUGGAAAGUGUUUUUCCCAGCGUUCGUAUCUAACACGACAUAGGGAGAUUUUUCAUCAAAGGGAGCUUUUCAAAUGCCAACUUUGCGAACAGGCAUUUCUGCGGAGCAGCACUUUGAAACGCCACAUUUUGAAGGUUCACGAGACGAAGAGACAGUUCGUUUGCCCACACUGCAGUAAAACUUUCUCGCAACAAAGCAAUUUAAACCAACACAUUUCUGGGGUUCAUGAGGGAAGGAGGCCAUUUACUUGCCCGAUUUGCGGAAGAUCCUUCUCCCGGCGAAGCUGUUCAAAGAAACACAUUGCUAUGGUUCAUGAAAGGAGGAGGCCGUUUACUUGCCAGAUUUGCGGCAAAUCCUUUUCUCGGCAAAGCUAUUUAAGCGAGCACACUUCCGUGCUUCAUGGGAGUGAAUUGAGAAGGAGGCGAUUCAAUUGCCAGCAGUGCAACAAGUCUUUCUCGUUUCAGAACAACUUAAGCAGACACAUUUCUGUGGUCCAUGAGAAGAGGAAAUCGUUUACCUGCCGGCAUUGCAAUAGACCCUUUUCCAAUCAAAGCAAUUUAACCGUACACGUUUUUGAGGUUCAUGAGGAGAGGAAGCCAUUUACCUGCCGGCAUUGCAAUAAAUUCUUCUCCCGUCUAGGCAGUUUAAACAGACACAUUUCUGUGAUUCAUGAGAAACGAAAAUAG